AUGACGCAUAUUAAAAGAAAUAAACUAACGUCCAAUAAUAAGGAUACAAGAUGGGAUCGUAUAAGAAAAAGGCAUGGCAGUGCGAAUUCUGCAAAUCUUAAAACCGAAACUGUGAAACGUUUCAUAGAGAUCGACUAUGUGGGAAAGAAUCAACAAAACUUAAUGAAUGGUGCAACUAGGCCGGAAAAUAAAUUGGAUCCGGUCUUGGUAAUGGAUUUACGGCAUGAAAUGUUCAAACAAAUACCCAGGAAAUUGCCCCUGGCUACGGUGGCAUAUUCGAAAAAUUUGGAUAUUUGUAAAUCCCAUAAUAUUGCGGUGGAGGAACGUUAUAUCGAAAAUCAAUUGGAACAAUUUCGCCAACAUUUACAAAAACAAAAUAAACGUGAUCGUCAUUGUGAAAAGAAAAUCCAUUCUUUAUUGAUUGAUAAUCAGGGUAUUAUGGAUAGUUUGGAAACAUCACAGCGUCACAUAGAGGAUUUCUAUAAUACACCCAUUGAAGCAUUUCAGCAGGUUCAUGAAUUGUUUAAGCAAGAUGUGAAUCAGGAUGUAAAUACAAUGGAAAAUGGAAUAAAUGCUGAAACUGAAAAACUGCAAUUAGAGGAAGAAAAGGAACCCACACAAGAACCCAAAGAUUUGGAUACCCCAUUGGAUGAGAUUACAGCAAAAUUUCCGGAAAUAUUAUUGUUUGAUAAAAACGAUGAAAUUCUUUCGAAAACUCCGCAACAACGAACCCCAAGUCCUUUGGCAAAUACAGAUGAAGUUUUACAACCCCUAAAAGAGAAUAUUGAACAAAAUAAUGGCCAACACCUGCGUUGUGUACGAUUCGAUGAAGAUGUCAAUAUUUGUCAAUUUCAGAGGGAAAACUCCACUUGUUCGAAUACCAGUGAAGGUAUAGAUUCCGUAAUAUCUGAAUUAGCUGAAGAGGCAUUAAUGGAACUUAAACUGGAAGAAGAAGAGGAGAAGGAAAAAGAGCCAGUAAAAGACGAAUCCCCUAAUUUAACAUCGAAAUCCGAAACUGAGACAACAUAUGGUCAUGCUGCAAAAACGGAUACACCAGAUAAUACCCUAACAUUGACUGCAUGCAGUAGUCUAAAUGAGAAAAAUACUCAGGGUUGUAGAGACUUGGUUAUUCAGGGAAAAAUUCCAACUUUCAUGAGAAGGCCAAUAGAAGAUAAACACGAACGUAAAAAUGUAUUAUUUUCCAUUACGUCGACUACUACCGAAGAUCGAACUGAUGCAGAUGAUUUAUCUUCAAAUCAUGAACAAAAUAAAAUCAUUGAAGAACUAUUUGAAACAAGCAAUCAUUCCCGGAUUACUAUAAUGCGUAGAUAUUUCUUGAAAUGGUUACAUUUCACACAUGUAGAGAAAAUCGAACGGGAACAUGUUGGUGGCCAUGCUGAUCGUGUAAGAAAAAUUAAUAUUUUCUUAGACAAAAUACGUAUGGAGAAAAGUCGUCGUAAAAAAUGUGAAAAAUUGCAACAACAGGCUGAUGGUGAUGAUGGGGAGUUUUCCACUUCCUUAGUUCCGGCAAAAACGAAUGGUAUUGAGAAUUUGAAAAUCAAUAAGAAAUAUCAGAAUAAAAUAAAAGUCCAACAGGAUAUCAUAGAUUUACAACGUUUGAAAUUGGAGCGACAAGAGCGUAUAAUAAUGGAACUUAAACUGAGUAAAUUAUCCGAAGAGGCAAGGGAAGCACGAAUGGAAUUGAAAACAGAAUUAAAAUCUGUUAUACGUUCGGGAGAUGCUAAAUCAAAGGCUAAAGCCAAGUGUUUGCAAUUAAUUGGAAAUCUACGCGAUAAGGAAGAUGAACGUUUGGCCAAUUUACAAUGUAAAGCUAUGUUAAUGCCGAAAUUUUUACAAAGUAUGCAAGAACGGGCUUUGGAACGUAGUAUAAAACAUGAACAGGCAAGGCAAAGGCGAUUGCAGAAGGAGGCGGAAAGAGAGGCACAGAAAAUGGCCCUAGAAGAAGCUAAACGUCAGGAAGAUGAAGAAGCCAAGCGCUUGCGUAUUGAGGCCCUCAAAGAAAAACGUCGCCAAGAGAAAAUGGCUAAAAUCAUCAAGGAACGUGAACGACAACGUUACAUAGAAAAUCAACGUAAAGCUCAGGAAUUCUAUAGGCGUCUGUUGCUCAAACGUAUUGGUAUGGAGGGUUUUAAACGUCUGCUACAACGUAAACGAGAUAAUCUACGUAGAUGUGAAGAGUUGCGGCAAUCUCUCUAUAAAAGAAGCUAUUUUCAAGCAUGGUUUAGUAUAUAUCGUAUUUCAAAGGCUCGUCGCUGUCAAAAAGCUGAUGAUUUUUACGAACACUUAUUGAAGAGAAAAUAUCUUCAUUUAUGGCAAUUCUAUGCCGAACAAGAACGUAGUAAAUAUCAUGUGGCCGUCGAUUAUCAUGAAUUAAAAUUAACCGAAUCGAUGUUUGGCAAAUGGUUUGCUUAUAGCAAACGUAUGAAAAUGAUUGAAGAAACUAAAAUGAAACAGGCCACAAUGCAUCAUGAAUGGCAUUUGAAGUGGAAGGUAUUGGAUUGUUGGCAGAGAUUACCACAAAUAUUACAACUGGAAAAAGAAACAGAAGAGAGAAGACAACGUUGGCGCAUGAAGAUUUGGGAAUUACUACCGGAUUAUACACCAAAUAGAGAUGAAUUGAAUUUUCUUUGAAAUUAUUUU